ACCCCCCCAAGAACCUCUAAUUUCUCCCUCUCUCUCACCAUGAAAAGCUAAAAUCUUUGGAGAUCAAAUAGAACAGAAAGCUCAUGGCUUUUCUUCUGCCAAAUCUCUCACCUUCUCUCCUCCACCCCAAAUAUACCUCCAAAGAAAAACCAAUUCCCCAAUCCCUCCCUCAAACUCCAAAACUCAAACCUGAACCUCUAUCUGCUCUCUCCCUUGCCAGUGCCCAAUCCCCACCAAUCCUGCAGGACUCCCAGGUCAGCACACCCCCAGAUGCACCGGAUAAGAACCACCAUCACCAAAGAGACGAAUUCUAUGUUAAUCUUGGCCUAGCUGUGAGGACCCUCCGUGAUGAUAUGCCUAUGUUGUUCACCACAGACCUCAAUUAUGACAUUUAUAGGGAUGAUAUAACGUUUGCAGAUCCUUUGAAUACAUUUACUGGUAUUGAAAAUUACAAAUUAAUCUUCUGGGCAUUGAGAUUUCAUGGUAAGAUAUUGUUUAGGGAGAUUUCCCUUGAUGUAUACAGGAUUUGGCAGCCUUCAGAGAAUGUGAUAUUGAUCAGGUGGAACUUAAGGGGAGUCCCUAGAGUCCCAUGGGAAACCAAGGGGCAAUUUCAGGGCACUUCCAGGUAUAAAUUGGACAGAAAUGGCAAAAUUUAUGAACACAAGGUUGAUAAUCUAGCAUUCAACUUCCCUCAGCCGCUUAAACCUGCAGCCUCAGUGUUGGAUUUGGUUGCUGCCUGCCCUGCAAGCCCUAAUCCAACAUUUUUAUGGGGACCUGUAGAUAUGUACACUUCUCCCUGGGUGGAGUAUUAUCGAGCAGUUAGAGAGACACUGGAUCGACAAGGAUAUGUACUCGAGCAAGAUGGUUUGGUUGCUUGUUCAUAACUAAUAAACACAAUCCAUGUAGUAGUGCAUUACAUUUUGUAUGUAGAUAGGGAGGAGUGCUGGGAAUUUUCAGAGGUGGUUCCUGACUGAUACUGAGAAGAAGCGUGAGAAUAUUUUAUCAGCUCGUAUAUAGGUCAGAUAAAUGUAUGUAUAUAUA